AUGAAGUCUGUCAUUGCUGUCGCCGCCGUCGCCGCCGCCGCCUCGGCUCACGAGGCCCGCUCCCCCAUCCAGGUCGGCGUCAACGUCCCCGGCCUCGUCAAGGUCGACCUCUGCCUGGGCCUCGAUGUCAAGCUUCCCCUCGGCAUCGCCAUCGACACCGAUGGCUGCCCCAAGAACGCCCCCCCGGCCGGCUGCACCAACGUCUGGCACCCUCCGCACCACGUCCCCAUGGACGGCUGCGACGACAACGGCAACCACAAGUGGCACUACGUCCACCCUUGCCAGGGCAGCGGCUGCAAGCCCGAGGCGCCUCACACCUGGACCACGAGCACCGUCACCCAGACCCAGGUCCACACCGUCACGAGCUGCGCCCCUACCGUGACCAACUGCCCUGCCGGUUCCCACGUCACCACCGUCGUCGUCCCGGCCACGACGACCGUCUGCCCCGUGCCCGUCCAGCCCACCACUCUGGCCACCGUCCCCGCCAAGAACACCGCCCCGGCCGCUCCCCCGGCCACCGUCCCCGCCGGCGUUCCGGCCGUCACUCUUCCCGGCAGCCCCGCCUCCUCCGCCGCCCCGGGAACCGCCCCUGCCAGCAUCGAAGCUCCUGCCGAGACGGAGAGCCCAUCUCAGCCCCCCGCUCCCGGGUCCGACACCGAGGCCCCCGCCCCCGCGCCUGCCCCCAGCAGCCCUGCCGACGUCGCUCCUGCUCCUGCUCCUGCUGCCAGCAGCCCUGCUGACGUCGCUCCUGCUCCUGGCGCCAGCAGCCCGGCCGACGUCGCUCCUGCCCCUGGCGCCAGCAGCCCGGCCGACGUCGCCCCGGCCCCGGCCCCGGCCCCGGUCCCCGCCACGACGCCCGCCGAGGAGACCUCUGCUCCCUCGGCCGUCGCCCCCCCGCCCUCCGUCGGCACCGUCUCUCCCGCCUCACCCCCCGCCGGCAACUGGUCCCAGCCCGCGCCUCCUGCCAUUGCUGGCGCCGCCCAUAACAGCCACAAGCUCGGCGCUGUCGUCGCUGUCGGUCUCUUUGCCGCUCUCCUCAUCUAA